UUCCUGCAUUAGUGAAUUCAUUUCAGUGUGAAGGAGUGCCUAAACAGUCUUCCCUGUUGCUGAAGUGGGAAUGUCCUCCUGGUAACAAUUCUGGCUUCAGAAUUACAAUAUUUAAUGAUACAUGGACAACAGGAAAAUGGCCUCCGUCCUGCGUGAGAGAAGGCUCAGAGGAAACCUUCAGAAUAGAGUCUUUAGAUUAUUUCAGCACGUAUAAUGUUAACAUUGUAACUCUUUCAAAUAGCUCUGAAAGCCGUGCAGUGCAGAAGAUGUGUAAUACGAGCAUUACUGACCCACCUGCUCCAAGCAAAGCUCCGUUAGCCAAGGCAGUCAGUCACAGCUCGUUGUCUGUUGAAUUCUCCAAUUUUGAGUCAGUGAAUGGACCAUUAAAAGCCUAUGCAGUAAUGAUCACAACAGAAGAACAAGGUUGUGGGCAUUUGAAGUCUAAAUUGAACAACACAUACAAAGAUUUCAAGAAGAUGAUGACAGCCACCUAUGUGACAUAUGUCUUAGGUACAGAACAGGCAAAAUCACCUUCUUUCCGUUCUCAGAAUGGUACGAACAUUGUUAGUGUGGGCAAGGGAAACACAAUGUAUGGCUACGAAAACGGACCACUGAUUCCACUUCGUUCAUACAGGGCAAGUGUUGCGGGUUUCACUAAUAUAACCUUUAAUAUGGCUGACAUCAUUGUGGAGGAAGAUAGUUAUGUAUCGUUUUCACCCUGUUCUGAGGCAGUUUUGCUACCACAGGAUCCAGGUGUUAUUGCUGGAGCUGUUAUUGGAUGCCUUUUAGCUUUACUGGCUGUAGUCGCUGUAGGGGGCUUCAUAUUCUGGAGAAGGAGAAGGAAAGAUAAAAGAAAUACUGAGGUGUCCUUUUCUCCGAUUAAAGUAAAGAAAUCAAAAAUGAUUAAAGUGGAGAACUAUGAGUCCUACUUUAAGAAGCAGCAAGCUGACUCCAACUGUGGUUUUGCUGAAGAGUAUGAGGAGCUCAAGUCUGCUGGUGUUCAUCAGCCCAAAUUUGCUGCUGAGCUUGCUGAGAACAGGGGGAAAAAUAGAUACAACAAUGUCUUACCAUAUGAUAUUUCUCGUGUUAAACUUUCAGAUCAAGGCUCUACCACUGACGAUUACAUUAAUGCAAACUAUAUGCCUGGCUACAACUCAAAGAAGGCAUUUAUUGCUGCACAGGGUCCUUUACCCAAUACGAUAGAAGACUUCUGGCGCAUGAUUUGGGAAAAGAAUAUCUACUCUGUUGUCAUGUUGACAAAAUGUGUUGAACAAGCCCGGACAAAAUGUGAGCAAUACUGGCCGGACAAACAAUCCAAGAGUUAUGGUGACAUUAUUGUGACAAUGGUAUCAGAGAUUGUCCUUCCAGAAUGGACACUAAGGGACUUCACUGUAGAAAAGUCCAACACACCAGAGAGCCACACCGUGCGCCAGUUCCAUUUCACCUCCUGGCCAGAUCAUGGGGUGCCUGAGACAACAGACCUUCUCAUCAACUUUAGACACCUUGUUCAUGAGUACAGCAGUCAAAAUCCAAUCGACUCUCCUACUCUGGUGCACUGCAGCGCUGGUGUCGGGAGGACAGGGACUUUCAUUGCCAUUGACCGCCUGAUCCAGCAGAUUGAAAUGGAGAAUACCGUGGAUGUGUAUGGGGUGGUGUAUGAUCUUCGCAUGCACCGACCUUUAAUGGUGCAAACCGAGGACCAGUACGUCUUCCUAAACCAGUGUGUUAUGGAUAUUAUUAGAUCCCAGAAAGACAAGAGAACCGAUCUGAUUUACCAAAACACGACAGCAAUGGCAAUCUAUGAAAACUUCGCACCUGGGCCAGGCUUCGGGAAGGCCAACGGCUACCACGCGUAGCCUGGGAGGAGCGCGGUGUCUCCAGGAGGUGUUACCUGCGCGGAGGAAAGGGCGAUGUUCUACAUGUGUUUUCUGGGAUCGUGUGCAGUGUCUCAUGUCUGGCUUCUUCAGUUCUGCCUGCGUUCGAAGAUGUGACCUACAGGAGGAAAACCACAACACUGGCAGGAGCUGCAGAUUGAGAUUUAAAAAGAAAACAAACCAAGCAAAACU